AUGAGGCCUAACUGGUUGUCGUGGAUCUGUAUUUUCUGUAAGUAACAUAACAGCAUCACGAUCUGCGUUCAAAUGUACAUUUUUUAUGGGACUCGACAUAUACACGAUAGAACUAAAAGAAAAACAUCCAACGUCGCGUGACUGAAGAAAGAAAAUCCGACUUCGCGUGACUGAAGAAAACAUCGCGUGACUGAAGAAACAAAUAACUUCAAUGGCUUGACCCAAACUAACAGCUAACAUAGUGUGACGGAGUGAGUCAUGUAAUUCAGCGAGACUACGGCAAAAAAACCUUAUAUAAUAUCAUGGAGAGAAAAAAAUCGUUGGGAGUAAAGCAUGACCCCCCCUCCCCCCAACCCAAAAAAUAUCAAACACCUGACAAUAGCAGGGCGACUAAAAGGACAACCCAACAGUACAUGAAACCUGUUAUGAAAGGAACCGCUAAUGCGUUUUAACAUCCUCCCUAGGCCCGAACCCACAGGUAUUUGGUUGUCGUUCGUGCCCCAGGGGUGGGGAAUUUGCACCAGCGGAUGACGCUUGUUUCCAUUUUAAAUGUAGAGGAGAUUAAGGGCAAAGAGUCCACUUUCGAGAGCAAAUGGCUCAAAAAAAGUUUUUACUUCGUAGAAUGAUGCUUACAGGUGACAAAACCAACACCAGUGCAAAAAAUUAAUGCGUGACUUUGCUAUAUUGUGUUAAAAAAUAAAUCAUAUAAUUUGAAAAAACAUAAAUAAAAAUUGUGCUUGAUUGGGGCAUUUGGACGGAACAAAUAUUCAAGUUACACGGGAAAAUGGAUGAAUCCGUGACCGUAGAAUCCCCACAUGACUGACCAUUAGAGGCGGCUACGAAGUCUAUCGCGUCGAACAUCCCAGUGUUUUCCUUUUCCAGGGUUUGUAGCAGAGAGCAGGACAUUGGUGUGUGAGUCAUACGAUCACAAAUGCAAAACGCUCCACUCCGCUUCGUUGAAAAACUCAACGUGUUCGUCGCUACAGCAGUGUGAUGAGACUUGGCCUGGGUCGAUUCCCGCGUGUUAUGCAUUGUUAGCUCAGAACAAAGAGGGAGGACUCAGUGUCCUGAGGAAGGGAUGUACAUCUCAGAUUGGUAAAGAAUGUACUCGAUCAUACGCGUGUAAUGGACAACGGAAGCGUCUUCGUAACAAACUACAACCCCUUUACUACUGCUGCUGCAUUGAAGACAAUUGCAACCGUGAUGUCAUCAUGUUUCUAAAAGAAGAGAAGGAGGAAAUUUAUACGAUGGAUGGUAGGAAAUCUUUGAUACGUUUGUUUUUUUUUUCUCGUAAAAAGGCUUAAAGAUUUCAAAGAGCUUCUCCAACCUCAGAUCAUGUAUUAGGGUUGAAGAAAGACAACCUCACGCAUUGGGGAGAUCAGAAGAAGCCACGGGUUGGGAGGUUUGAAAAAAAUUUAGGCAGAGAUUAAAAGUUAUUGAGAAAGAUAAAUAAUGAAAAAUCGAAUUUAAAAUGCGAUCUCCAUUACAAAAAAUUCUCUUUUGGUGAGAUUAAAACCUUUAAAGUGAGGAAGAAGGCUUGAUUAGAUCCGCAGUACUGUUGUGACCCUUGCACACACAAUAACGUAGAUGAAGAUUACUACUAUCAUGAUUGUAACCGAUUAAAAUUCUGGGCUUCAAAAUUAAACCCAUCACAUAUUUUAUCGUAGGAUUGUGAUCAAUUCUUGUGCGCAUAGUUGUAAGUAAUUUUUUUUGUUCACUUCCUGGAGAGAAAGUAGAAUAUUCUCGUUUAAGGUACUUUUCUCCUUGUGCCGUUCUCCACCGAAGUCACCGAAGUCUCCGAAGUCUGUACUUAUCCGACAAAACUUCUCGGAGAGACAAACAAAGCUGAAGCAAGAUCAGUAGCUGGUUUGAUACCCAUUUAUUUUUUUAUCAAAAAAAUUUCAAAUCAAACUGAUCAAUCCACAGCAGUCUCUGCGCGUACUCAGCUCUUCAGGGCAUUUCAGCGAAAAACUCAAAAUAUUUGUCAUCAAAUUCUAGUCAGAUCUGCCCUUGAGACAUUAUUUACUUUGAAGAGUGAAACGUGCACGUCACAAAUGGGACUAAUCGAGGUGAUGUUUGCUUUUGCUUUUGCUUUUUAGACACCAAAAAGGCUCUCAUGAAUUUAAAAUGGUUGAUCUGGGUUCAUCUUGUGACAAUAACUAUAAUUCUAUUACUGAUUGCGUUAGUAUCACUGGGUCUGAUAUUGAUGCUAAGCAAACGGCACAGAAAAACCAAAAGACAUGGUAGACAUUCCUGUCCAGUGCGGGUCUGCGAUAAAGGUAAGGUUAUCCUUUUCUCAGGAGACCAUUCCCCUCGUAUGAAAAAAAAACUCUGUUCCUUUACAUAGUUGCAAGGAAAAUUAUCAUUAAAGUCUCCUUUCAAGUUCGUCUUGCUUCGUUUGGGUUUUCUUGUAGGAACAACAGUCUAUUCGACAAGCAUCUUUUUUUCAUGUAAGUUUAUAAGCCAAGCUCCGAUUUCGAUUACUUUAUCCAGGUUCUUUCCGUCCAUGUAUGUCAAAUGAGGGAUAGCCGCACGUGCAAGCUGCAAAUGGGUUAUUUCAAUUGUUACGUAUCAAUUCCUUUGUAGGAAGUCAUCAUCACCAUAACUCAUCUCAGUGGAAGAAAGAGGACUUCCAACUGAUCAUGUGUCUCGUGCGAAGUUCGUUUGGUGAAAUAUGGCAGGCCAGGUUACAUGGUUCCAAUCGAGUAGUCCGCAUUCGAUUAACAGCAGGCUCAGACGAUGUCUUUGUGUACGACAAACACGUUUUGUUUAAAAAAACAAACGUCGACACAACAAGGGUAGUAUGACAAGAGAUUUUAUAAGUUUAACUGUGUACCUAUGAAAUGAAGAAGAUAUUCGGAAGUAAUAUCCCACUCAUUUAAGUUAAUAUUUAUGAUCUAAUUAUUGUUGCAUUCAAAAAAUGGAACCUGAGCGUGUAUGAGACCAUAAAGAGAUUUGGAAAUUUCAGACUAUACAUCUCUUACGUAUCAUCUGUAACAGAUAUUGGGUUAUCAUGUCGAGUUCAAAGUCUGCCUAGUUUCCAAGCCCCUCUUUCGUGUUGUGUUCUCAAACUUUUGCAAACUUAAAAAGAAUUGUCUUCUUUUGCAGAUUGUUUAAAACGUAUUAUAAAACAAUUAUUGAAUUCGAUAUUCGCAUGAUAUCAUGAAUUAUCAAACCGUGUGUCUGUGUUAUCUGCCUCAGCCUUCGGCUUAUUAACUCAAAUUCGGGACAAAAAAGAAUUGGAAUGUAAGUUGGUUCCCUCCUUUUUAUUUGUCGAUUUUUCUGCCUUGUAAUAACGGAAAUAUAAACAUCAAUUUGAACUCGAAUUCUAAGCAGCAUGGAAGUCUUCAUUUAAUCGGC